ACACAGCCUAGACCUCCAGCGGUGGAGUCACUCCAGGAGGACUAGGGGACCUUUUACUGCACAUCCCCACCCUCGCUGGGGGUUUCUGUUUUAUUUUCUGGCGGGGAAGGGGAGACCAAACCCCAGAUGGUCUCCCCAUGUGCCCCACAGCUCUUUCCCCCCGUGUGUCUCUCAGGAAAGAUCUGCCCCUCACUCCGAUGAAAGCUGCUUGUCUUUUCCGCCUCUGACAGGACUCCAGGCAACCAAGAUGGAUUACAGUUUCUUCAGUGGAGCCCCCAGGUUCCUGACUCGGCCAAAGGCCUUCAUGGUGUCGGUGGGGAAGGAUGCCACCCUGAGCUGCCAGAUUGUGGGGAACCCCAUCCCGCUGGUAAGCUGGGAAAAGGAUAAACUUCCCAUCCAGUCGGGGGGAAGGUUUAAAAUGGUGGAAGAUGGCGAUCUGUACCGGCUAACAAUUUAUGACCUAAGCUUAGAGGACAGUGGCCAAUAUAUCUGCAGGGCCAAGAAUACCAUCGGGGAAGCUUUCACUGCGGUCAGUAUCAAAGUUGGGGAGGAGACCACAGUGAUGGAAUCAGCCCCUUAUUUCAUCCAGAAACCUUCUUCCAUCAGAGUGACCCUGGGAGAGGACGUUCUGUUCAAAUGUAAAAUCCAGGGCAGCCCGCCCCUCUCUGUGAACUGGGCAAAAGAUGGGAGAAAGGUGGGGGGCGGUUCUGACGCCAACCGCUUCCACGUUGAGUCACUCGGAGAGUCAAAUUCCCUCAAGAUCCAGGGUGCUCAGUUGGGGGACAGCGGGACAUACAUGUGUCGGGCGGAGAACCCCGUUGGCUCUGCCAGUGCUACUGCCACGCUGGUGGUGGACACGCUUGGAUCUUACAGUCCGAGCAGUGGCGGUCUAGACACAAGCUAUGGCAAGACUGCCUCUUUGCUGUCUCACUUGCAAAAGAGGCGUGAGGAAAUCAGGAAGAUGGACACGCCCGGGUGGGCAGCUGCUGACCCCACGGCGGCCCCAAUGUACUCCGGGACCGAGGGGCUGUCUGGCAUUGGUCUCCGUCUUUCUCUGGAUUACGAGAGGGCCGCCAGCCUCACCGCCAAAUCAGCCCGCCACGCCACCUUCGGGGUGCUGACACGCACCUUCAACGUCACGGAGGGCAAGCACGCCAAGCUGAGCUGCUAUGUGACCGGAGAGCCCAAGCCGGAGAUCGUGUGGAAGAAGGACGGCGAGGUGAUCUCAGAGGGGCGCCGGCACAUUGUGUACGAGGACGAACAGGAGAACUUCGUGCUGAAGAUCCUUUUCUGCAAGCAGAUCGACAACGGGCUCUACACCUGCACCGCCUCCAACCUGGUGGGGCAGACCUACAGCUCGGUGCUGGUGACUGUCAGAGAGCCCACAGUGCCGUUCAAGACGAAACUGAAGGAUGUGGAAGUCCAGGAGAAAGAAUCUGCCACCUUCCAGUGCGAGGUGCCUGUCCCGAGCACCGAAACCGCCUGGUUCAAGGAGGAGACCAAACUCCAGCAGAGCAGGAAAUACAACAUCGAAGAAGAAGGGACGCACCGCCGGCUCACCAUCCAGAACGUCACCACGGACGAUGACGCCGUCUACAUCUGUGAGAUGAAGGAGGGGAGCCGGACCAUCGCGGAGCUGACUGUCCAGGGCAACAUCAUUAAAAAACUGCCGCGCAAGACGGCGGUCUCCAUCAACGACACCGCCAUAUUCUGCGUGGAGCUGGACAGCGAGAGCCCGCAUGUCCGCUGGCUGAAGAACAUGGAAGAAGUGAAGCCCAGCGAGCGAGUCACCAUUACUGCAUCCGGCAAGCAGCAUACCCUGAUGAUCCGGGAGUGCAAGAUGACAGACGCUGGGGAGAUCGCGUUCCUGGCUGAUGAGUGUCGGACAUCUACCCAGUUCACUGUAUCCACUCCCAGAAAACCCCCCUCGGAUCCCCCGUUCGACCCCGUGGUGAAAAAUAAAACAGAAACCUCCGUGACGCUGGCCUGGUCCCCUCCCAGAAUGGAGCGUUUCAUCCCCAUCGAUGGUUACCAGGUGGAACGUAAGAAAUUGACCGGCUUUACCUGGACGAGAUGCCACCAGUCUCACAUCCCCACCCCAGAGUUCACAGUGAGCGACCUGGCCGAAGAGGCAGACUACCAGUUCCGAGUUUCCGCUGUCAACAGCUACGGUCAGAGCGCUUACCUAGAGUUCCCAGGGACCCUGCACCUCGAACCAAUCUUGGCUGUGAAAACUCCCUUGACUGAUGUUGAAGCUACAGAAGGAGGUGAUGCAACUUUUAUUGUUGACCUCACAACCACUUGUUCUGGAACCUGGUACCUUAAUGGCAAAGCCUUACAGAGUAAUGAAAUCUACGUCAUACAGAGAAGCAAAACCACCCACAUCCUCACCAUAAAAAAUGUCACCAAGAGUGAUGAUGGCGCAGAGGUGAAAUUUGUCACCAAGAAUGCUGAAACCAGUACCAAGAUGAGAGUUAAAGCUGAUGGGAGCGUUUGCUCCUGUCGACCUCCCGCUGCUGGAGCUAUUGAAAAGGUCUCCGUUCGGCUGCGGGAGGAGGCACAACUUUGGGCUGAACUUUCAGACCCAGCUGCAGCCGUGAGGUGGUUGAAAAAUGGGAAGGAAAUCCAGGCCAGUCCAAAAUACGAAUUGAAAACCACGGAGAGGAAACGCAUCCUGAAAAUUCACAACGUCACGGCAGAGGACGCUGGCCUUUAUACCUGUGUCUGCGAAGGGGAUGAAAUAGUCUAUCAGCUGUCAGUGAAAGCACCCGUGCACUUCACCAACAAAGAGCGCGCUGCUGGGGUUAUCACUGCCGUGGCUGGAAAACAGGCUGAGUUUGUUUCGGAGACCUCGGAAGCCGACACCACGGUGCAGUGGUACAAAGAAGGCAAAGAAAUCAGGCGCACAAAGAAAUUCACCCUGGAGGAUAACGGGAAGCUGCACAAGCUUGUCGCCUCAGCUGUAACGAAAGAGGAUGAGGGAACGUACACGUGCAAAGCUGGAGAGGACACGCUAGUGUUCAGUUUAAAGGUCUCAGAUGAAGUUGUUAAGUUUGUCAACAAGCCGAAAGCAACGCCAGAAAUUUCCAUCGGCCCUUCGGAGAGUCUAGCGCUGGCGUGUGCGGUGUCGGUGGCAAGCGGGGCGGUGGUGUGGAAGAAGGAUCAAACUGAGGUUAAGCAGGACCAGAGGACGGUAGUCAUCGCUCAGGGAACAGACCGAAAGCUUAUCAUCAAGAACGUGACACGACAUGACCAAGGGAGCUACACCUGUGAAACAAAGGAUGACAAAGUAACAUUCCAAGUCCAAGUCAAAGAGACAGAAGAGGUGUUCACAAACCAGGAGAAGGUGCAGAGGGAGGUGAAGGCCAUGCUGACAGAGAACGCCAUCCUCAGCUGCGAGGUGGCUCAGGCCAAGACUGACGUCAAAUGGUACAAGGACGGGAAACUGAUCACCUCUAGCAAGAACUUCAAGGUGGAGUCUGAGGGCAGGUCCCGGCAUCUGGUGGUGGAGCAGGUAGAGAAAAAGGAUGCUGGAGAAUACACCUGUGAGGCUGCAGGCCAGAAACUGAGCUUCAAACUUGUCGUCACAGAGAGAGAGGAGGUGUUUGCAAACCAGGAGAAGGUGCAGCGGGAGGUCAAGGUGGCCCCCAUGGAGAACGCCACACUAAGUUGUGAGGUGGCCCAGGCCGAGACAGCAGUGAAGUGGUACAAGGAAGGGAAACUGAUCACCUCCAGCAAGAAAUUCAAAGUGGCAUCUGAGGGCAAGUCCCGGCGUCUGGCCGUGGAGCAGGUGGAGAAGAAGGAUGCAGGAGAAUACAGCUGUGAGGCUGCAGGCCAGAAACUGGCCUUCAAGGUAGUCAUCACAGAGCCUGCAGAAGUGUUUGCGAACCAGGAGAAGGUGCAAAGGGAGGUCAAGGCCGUGCUGACAGAGAGCGCCGCCCUCAGCUGUGAAGUGGCCCAGGCCACAACUGACGUGAAGUGGUACAAGGACGGGAAACUGAUCACCUCCAGCAAGAAAUUCAAAGUGGAGUCAGAGGGCAGGUCCCGGCGUCUGGUCGUGGAGCAGGUGGAGAAGAAGGACAGUGGAGAAUACACCUGUGAGGCUGCAGGCCAGAAAUUGAGCUUCAGAGUUAUCAUCACAGAGGGUGAGGAGGUGUUUGCGAACCAGGAGAAGGUGCAAAGGGAGGUCAAGGCCGUGCUGACAGAGAGCGCCACCCUCCGCUGCGAGGUGGCCCAGGCCAAAACAGACGUGAAGUGGUACAAGGACGGGAAACUGAUCACCUCCAGCAAGAAAUUCAAAGUGGAGUCAGAGGGCAAGUCCCGGCGUCUGGUCGUGGAGCAGGUGGAGAAGAAGGACGCUGGAGAAUACACCUGUGAGGCUGCAGGCCAGAAAUUGAGCUUCAGAGUUAUCAUCACAGAGGGUGAGGAGGUGUUUGCGAACCAGGAGAAGGUGCAAAGGGAGGUCAAGGCCGUGCUGACAGAGAGCGCCACCCUCCGCUGCGAGGUGGCCCAGGCCAAAACAGACGUGAAGUGGUACAAGGACGGGAAACUGAUCACCUCCAGCAAGAAAUUCAAAGUGGCAUCUGAGGGCAAGUCCCGGCGUCUGGCCGUGGAGCAGGUGGAGAAGAAGGAUGCAGGAGAAUACACCUGUGAGGCUGCAGGCCAGAAACUGGCCUUCAAGCUUUCUGUCACAGAGCCUGCAGAGGUGUUUGCGAACCAGGAGAAGGUGCAGAGGGAGGUCAAGGCCGUGCUGACAGAGAGCGCUGCCCUCAGCUGUGAAGUGGCCCAGGCCAAAACAGACGUGAAGUGGUACAAGGACGGGAAACUGAUCACCUCCAGCAAGAAAUUCAAAGUGGAGUCUGAGGGCAGGUCCCGGCGUCUGGUCGUGGAGCAGGUGGAGAAGAAGGACGCCGGAGAAUACACCUGUGAGGCUGCAGGCCAGAAACUGGCCUUCAAGCUUUCUGUCACAGAGCCCGAAGAGAUAUUUGCAAACCAGGCAAAGGUGCAGAGGGAGGUGAAGGCCAUGCUAACAGAGACCGCCACCCUUUCCUGCGAAGUGGCCCAAGCCAAGACUGACGUGAAGUGGUACAAGGACGGGAAAUUGGUCACCUCCAGCAAGAAACUCAAGGUGGAGUCUGAGGGCAGGUCCCGGUGCCUGGUCGUGGAGCAGGUGGAGAAGAAGGAUGCUGGAGAAUACACCUGUGAGGCUGCAGGCCAGAAGCUGAGUUUCAAGAUUAUCGUCACCGAGCCUGAAGUUGUGUUUGCAAACAAAGAGAAGGUGCAGAGGGAGGUGAAGGCCGUACUGACAGAGAGCGCCACCCUCAGCUGUGAGAUGGCCCAGGCCAACACUGAUGUGAAGUGGUACAAGGACGGGAAACUGGUCACCUCCAGCAAGAAACUCAAGGUGGAAUCUGAGGGCAGGUCCCGGCGCUUGGUCGUGGAGCAGGUGGAGAAGAAAGAUGCUGGAGAAUACACCUGUGAGGCUGCAGGCCAGAAACUGAGCUUCAAGGUUAUCAUCACCGAGCCCGCAGAGGUGUUUACAAACCAGGAGAAGGUACAGAAGGAGGUGAAGGCCGUGCUGACGGAGAGCGCCACCCUCAGCUGCGAGGUGGCCCAGGCCAAGACUGACGUGAAGUGGUACAAAGAUGGGAAAUUGAUCACCCCCAGCAAGAAACUCAAAGUGGAGGCGGAGGGCAAAUCCCGGCGCCUGAUUGUGGAGCAGGUGGAGAAGAAGGAUGCUGGCGAGUACACCUGUGAAGCCGCAGGCCAGAAACUGACCUUCAGGCUUCUUGUCACAGAAUCUGAAGUUGUGUUUGCAAACAAAGAGAAGGUGCAGAGGGAGGUGAAGGCCGUACUGACGGAGAGCGCCACCCUCUCCUGCGAAGUGGCCCAGGCCACAACUGACGUGAAGUGGUACAAGGACGGGAAACUGAUCACCUCCAGCAAGAAACUCAAGGUGGAGUCUGAGGGCAGGUCCCGGCGUCUGGUCGUGGAGCAGGUAGAGAAGAAGGAUGCUGGAGAAUACACCUGUGAGGCCGCAGGCCAGAAACUGAGCUUCAAGAUUAUCGUCGCCGAACCUGAAGUUGUGUUCACAAAUGAGGCAAAGGUACAGAGGGAGGUGAAGGCCGUACUGACGGAGACCGCCACCCUCUCCUGUGAAGUGGCCCAAGCCAAGACUGACGUGAAGUGGUACAAGGACGGGAAACUGGUCACCUCCAGCAAGAAACUCAAGGUGGAGUCUGAGGGCAGGUCCCGGCGCCUGGUCGUGGAGCAGGUGGAAAAGAAGGACGCUGGAGAAUACACCUGUGAGGCUGCAGGCCAGAAGCUGAGCUUCAGCAUUACUGUCACAGAGCCAGAAAUCAUAUUUGCAAACCAGGAGAAGGUGCAGAGGGAGGUGAAGGCCGUGCUGACAGAGAGCGCCACCCUCAGCUGCGAAGUGGCCCAAGCGAAGACUGAUGUGAGGUGGUACAAGGACGGGAAACUGAUCACCCCUAGCAAGAAAUUCAAGGUGGAAACUGAGGGCAAAUCCCGGCGUCUGGUCGUGGAGCAGGUGGAGAAGAAGGACUCUGGAGAAUACACCUGUGAGGCUGCCGGCCAGAAACUGGCCUUCAAGAUGAAUGUCACAGAGCCGGAAUCUGCAUUUGCAAACCAGGAGAAGGUGCAGAGGGAGGUGAAGGCCGUGCUGACAGAGAGCGCCAUCCUCAGCUGUGAAGUGGCCCAGGCUAAGACUGACGUGAAGUGGUACAAGGACGGGAAACUGAUCACCUCCAGCAAGAAAUUCAAGAUGGUGUCUGAGGGAAAGUCCCGGCAGCUGAUCGUGGAGCAGGUGGAGAAGAAGGACGCUGGCGAGUACACCUGUGAGGCUGCCAGCCAGAAACUGACUUUCCAGAUUGAAGCAAUGGAACCCGAAGCCAAAUUCCAAGCGAAAGUGGCCCAGAAAGAACCGAUCAUUGUGCAGGAGCACGAGAACAUCACACUGACCACUUCAGUAGUGCCCGCAACCGCCAUAGUCAAGUGGUUCAAGGAUGGAGCUGAGCUCACGGGGAGCAAGAAGUAUGAGAUCCAGGGCGACGGGGCCGCGAGGACGCUGACGGUGAAGCUGGCGGAGGCCAAAGACAGUGCUGUGUACGCCUGCAAGACAACAAGCGACAGGCAGGAGUUCCACGUGCAGGUGAAAGAAAUCCCGGUGAGGUUUGCAAAGAAACUAGAAGCUGUCGGUGCCGAGAUUGGAGGGACCAUCUCUCUGAGCUGUGAGCUGAGCCAGGUGAAGGGCGAUGUGCGGUGGUACAAGAACGGGGUUGAAGUCAAGCCCAGCAAGCGAUUCCAGAUUCGUGAGGAUGGAGCCAAGCGGGUCCUGACCAUAAUGGGGCUCCGGGCAGAAGAUGAGGGAGAGUAUAUCUGUGAAUCCCGGGAUGACAAGAGCAGCGUUCAGGUCACCCCCAAAGCUCCUAGAGUGGUGAAGUUCCUGACCAGCCUUCGCAGCAUGGUGUCCGAAGAAGGGAAGGAGGCCACAUUCAAAUGCACCGUCUCCCCCAACGACGCUGUGGUGACCUGGCACAGGAACGGCGUCCAACUCGAAGCUAGCCAGAAAUACGUGAUCUCUCAGAAGGCCACCAACCACAGCCUCACCAUCACUGACCUGACCCAGGAGGACGCAGCAGAAAUCUCGGCCAACGCAGAGGGUGUGGAAAGCAAAGCCACCCUCACGGUCCGUGAGGCGCCGGUGACUUUCACGAAGAAACUGGAGCCCAGAACGGUUGAGGAGAGGGACACGGUCACCCUAGAGGUGGAGCUGAGCAAGCCUUCCAUGGAGGUGAAAUGGAUGAGGAACAGCAUUGUGCUGCAGCCCGGUGGCAAAGUGGAGAUCAAGGCGGAGGGGACAAAACACAGCUUGACGAUUAAGGACGUCACCUUGGCAGACCGGGGCUUCUAUUGCUGCGAGACGCUCGAGGACAAGACCCAGGCCAAGCUGAACGUGGAAAUGAGAAAGAUCAAGCUGGUGAAGGGCCUGCAGCCUCUGGAAGCCCACGAGAAGGAGGCUGUCACCUUCGAGCUGGAGCUGUCUCAUGAGGACGUGGAAGGGAGCUGGAUGAAGGACGGCCUGAAACUGAAGCCAGGGGACAGGUGCCACAUUAACACCCUGGGGAAGAAACAUUCACUGACACUUUCAUCCCUGAAGGUUGAAGACUCCGGCCUCCUCUCCUUCAAGGCGGAAGGCAUCCAUUCCUCAGGCAGGCUGCUAGUAACAGAGUUGCCUGUGAAGAUCAGCAAGCCUUUGGUAGACAUCAAGGCUCCUGAGAAAGACAAAGUGACCUUUGAGUGUGAGCUCUCCAGGCCGAAUGUGGAGGUCAAGUGGUUUAAGAAUGGAACUGCACUCCGGCCAAGUAAAAAAGUGACCAUUAUUUCCCAGGAAACUAAGAGAAGCCUCAUUAUUCACAAGUGUGACUAUGACGACCAGGGAACCUACGUAUGUGAUGCAGCUGAUGACAAGAGUUCAGCUACACUCACAGUCCAUGCCCGAGACAUCAAGAUAAUUAAACCGCUGGAAGAUGUGGAAGUGAAUGAGAAGGAGAAUGCGUCUUUCACCUGUGAGAUCUCACACGACGAAGUCCAAACCCAGUGGUUCAAAAACGACAGCAAGCUGAGGGCUGGCGACAACAUUAAGAUGCGCCAAGAAGGAAGGACCUAUGCAUUAGUUUACAAAAGUGUCCAUGUGGAGGAUGCUGCUGAGAUCAAAUUUGUAGCAGAGAAGGCAGAAUCCCGAGCACAACUUAGAGUGAAAGAACUUCCUGUAAAAAUUGUGAAGCCACUGCGGGAUAAGAUUGCUAUUGAGAAGCACCGGGGCGUCCUGGAAUGCCAGGUGUCCCGCCCUAGUGCCAAAGUUAAAUGGUACAAGGAGAAUGUUGAGAUUCUUCCCAGCCAGAAAUAUGAGCUGGUGAGUGACGAUGUCUAUAGGAAACUCAUCAUCAACGACGCCGAGUUUCAGGAUGAGGGCCUGUAUACCUGUGAUGCUAUUGACAACACAAGCAGUGCUCAUUUCUAUGUUGAAGAGCAAUCCAUUAAUAUUGUAAAGGCGCUAAAUGAUGUGGAUGUGACAGAGCCCACAGAAGCCAGGUUUGAAUGUGAGAUCUCCAUUCCAUCGGUGAAACCCCCCAAAUGGACUCUGGGUGGAGAGGUCUUACAGACUGGCAGAAAUGUUACCGUAGAGCAAGAGGGCACCGUUCAUCGGCUCAUUCUGUGGAAGACCAACUCUGACAUGACUGGCACCAUUCAGUUUGCAAUUGGCAAAUCAAAAUCCACAGCAAACCUGCUUGUACGAGAUAUGAAUGUGCAGAUUACCAGAAAGCUGGAGGAUAAGACUGCCUUAGAACACCACUCAGUUGUCCUGUCCUGUGAUUUUAAGCCUUCUCCAAAAGUUGUAGAAUGGUUCAAGGGCCAUACCCUCAUUGAGCCCUCAGAAAAAUACAAACUCAAGUGGGAGAUGCACACAGCUGAACUCAAAAUUCUGAAGCUAACCCGGCAAGUGGCAAUCACCAAGCACCUGCAGGAUGUGGAGAUAGAGGAGGACAACAGCGCUGUCUUCUCCUGUGAGCUGUCCCAUGAGGAUGAGGAGGUGGAAUGGCUACUGAAUGACACCGUCCUCUACUCCGACAGCUGCAAUGAGAUCAAGAAGAUCGGCAGGUGCCAUACUCUGACCCUGAAACAAGUCACGCCCGACGAUGCAGGAACGGUGACAGUCAAGACGUUGAAGGUGUCGGAAAGCGCUCAGCUGAAAGUGAAAGAGAAACCCAUCAUCUUUAUGAAGUCCCUGGAUGAUGCUGUCGGGGAGGAACGUGGUGUGAUCACGCUGCAAUGUGAGGUCUCCAAACCAAAGGUUAAACCCAUCUGGAGAAAGGACAAUGUGGAGGUCACCCUGGGCGACAAGUAUGAACAGAUGCAAGCUGGGAAAACACUGUGUCUCAUUGUGCACGAUCUGAACAAGAAUGAUGCCGGGUUAUACACAUGUGAUAUUGGCACUGAUCUUGUCAAGGCACAAGUCAGCGUGCAGGAGUUGAACAUCGGUAUCACUAAACGCCUGAAGAACGCUGAAGUCCAAGAAGGGGAGAACUGUACUUUUGAGUGCAUUUUGUCCCAUGAGAGCAUCGGUGAUUUCCACUGGAUGCUGAAGGGGAAUGAAGUGCACAGUGAUGGGCGAUUUAAGGCCUUUAACCAAGGGCGGAAAUAUACUCUCAGCAUCAGAAACGUGACAGCUGCGGAUGCUGGAGACGUUGUCUUUGCUGCACGCAACUUAAGUUCCAAGGCCUCGCUGGUUGUGAAAGAAAAACCAGGAGAGAUUGUAAAGCACCUGGAGGAUAAGACAGCAACAGCAGGACAAGAUGUAAACCUGCGCUGUGAAAUGUCCAAACCUGACAAAAACGUGAAGUGGUACAAGGAUGGCAAAGCGAUCCGGAAAAGCCAAAAAUACGACUUGCGCCAAGAGGGAUCAUGGGCCAUGCUCGUCAUUCAUGAUGCCACAACCAAGGACACUGGGGAAUACACAUGUGAGACAGAGACCUCUAAAACAAAAGCAUCACUGACAGUGGAAGACAAACCCAAUCGCUUUACCCAGGAGCUUUCAGAUCUGAAAGCUGAUGAAAACGGAGUCGCUGUUUUCAUGUGUCAGACUAAGAAGGCCGCCCCCACGGUGGCCUGGCGGAAAGGGAUGGUCGAGCUCAGGUCAAGCAAGAAAUAUGAGAUCAUCCAGAAAGGGAACGCCCUGCAGCUCACGGUGAAUGCCUUGGAGAAAAGCGACAGCGACACCUACACGUGCGAUAUUGGCGAGGCCCAGACCAGAGCCAAGCUGACUGUGCAAGGCCAGAAAGUGCUAAUUACUGAAGAUCUGGAAGAUGUUGAUGUGAUAGAAGGAGAUUCUGCCAUGUUCAAAUGCAGAAUCUCUCCAGUAGAAUAUAGCAAUGUGCAGUGGUUUUUGGAUAAGACACCUCUGCAUACCAAUGAACUUAAUGACAUCCAGUCUAAACCUGGAGGAUAUCACUUGCUAACCUUGAAAAAACUGUCCCGGAAGGAUUCGGGGGUCAUUACCUUUGAAGCUGGUGAUAAGAAAACAUCUGCCAAUUUGGUUGUUAAAGAGAAGCCCUGUGUCAUUACAAAGGAGCUUGCUGAUGCUGAAAUCUUUGAGGGAGAGGAUGUCUGUCUUCACUGUGAAACCUCCAAAUCAGACAGCCCGGUAAAGUGGUGCAAAGAUGGGAAGACCCUUAAAAACUCCUCUAAGCAUAAGAUCAGCCGGUCGGGAUUUGAAGCCACACUUGUCAUUCAUGGGACAGAAGAGAGAGACAGUGGCAGAUACGAGUGUGAGGCUGGAACAGCUAAAAGUAGUGCAGUUGUCACGGUCAAGGCUCUGCCGGUUCUUUUCAAACGAGAGCUCCAGAGUGAGGAGGCGAAAGAAGGAAGUCAAGUCAAACUGAGUUGUGAGCUCAGCAAAGCUGGCAUCCCUGUGAAAUGGACAAAGGGAGAGACGGUUCUCCUGCCCGGGGAUAAGUACCGGUUAAAGCAACAUGGCACAGUUGCAGAGCUCAUUAUUCAGGACGUCCAAUCGAUCGAUGCUGGAGACUACACCUGCAGCACUGGGGAACAAACGACAACUGCUCGGGUGAAAGUAAAUGCCCUGCCCGUCCUUUUUAAACAAAACCUUCAGAACACAGAGAUGGAAGAGGGGAGCAUGGUAGCUCUGCGCUGCGAGAUCACGAAACCUGAGGCCCACGUGGUGUGGAAGAAGGGAGGCGCCAUACUCGGGGAGAGUGCCAAGUAUGAGAUGAGGCAGAAGGGUUCUGUGGCAGAGCUGUUCAUUCACAAUGCAGAGCCCGAGGAUGCGGGAAGAUACACAUGUGAUACCGGAGAGCAGCAGACGACAGCUCAAGUCAAAAUUCACGCCCUGCCUGCACUCAUCAAGGAAGAACUGAAGAACGUGGAAGCCACGGAAGGUGGAGCGGCCACUCUGCGCUGUGAGCUGAGCAAAGCCGCCCCAGUGGAGUGGAAGAAGGGGGAGAAGGGGCUCAGGCCAAGUGGCAAGUAUAGAAUGAGACAAGAAGGCACCACGGCUGAGCUGGUCAUACAUGAUCUAGAUCUGAAGGAUGCAGGAGACUACACAUGUGUAUUUGGAGAGCAAAAAACCACAGCAGCCUUAACAGUGAAUGCCGUACCUGUACGUUUCAAAAAAGAACUGAAGAAUGAGGAAGCCACUGAAAGUGGAACAGCCACGCUGCACUGUGAGCUGACCAAGCCUAUUGACUCAGUCGAGUGGAAGAAGGAUCAAAAGGUGCUGAAGCCAAGCAGCAAAUACAGGAUGAGGCAGGAAGGCCGCUUCGCUGAGUUGAUUAUCCAAGACCUAGAUUUGGCAGAUGCUGGAGAUUACACGUGUGUGUGCGGUGACCAGAAGACAACAGCUGCUUUAACAGUGAAUGCCUUGCCUGCACUUUUUGUAGACGCGCUAAAUAACCAGGAAGGCUCCGAGGGUGGGACAGUCACCCUACACUGUAAACUGAGCAAGGCUGCCCCGGUGCAGUGGAAGAAGGGACAAAAAGCACUCGGGCCAAGUGACAAAUACCAAAUAAGGCAGGAGGGUCCAUCUGCUGAACUGGUGAUCCGUGAUCUGGAUAGGAUGGACGCUGGAGAUUACACUUGUGUGUGUGGAGAACAGCAGACUACAGCUACCUUGACAGUGAAUGUUCUGCCCACGCGAUUCACUAAAGAACUGAAGAAUCAAGAGGCUACCGAAGGUGAAAGUGCCACUCUGCACUGUGAGCUAAACAAGGCUGCCCCAGCUGUGGAGUGGAAGAAGGGACACAAAACCCUCAAACCCAGUGACAAGUAUAAAAUGAGACAAGAAGGGGCUACGGUUGAGUUGAUAAUCCAAGACCUGAGCAUGACAGAUGCUGGAAAUUAUACCUGUGUGUGUGGAGACCAGCAAACCAUGGCAGCUUUAACUGUAAAUGUCCUGCCUGCGUUUUUCAAAGAGGGAUUGAAGAAUAGGGAAGCCACAGAAGGUGGAACAGCCACUCUGCACUGUGAGCUGACUAAAGUCCCUGUCCUAGUGGAGUGGAAGAAGGGGUCAAAAACGCUCAAAGCCAGUGACAAGUACAGAAUGAGACAGGAAGGUACCAUUGCAGAGCUGUUGAUCCGCGACCUGGAUGUAGACGAUACAGAUGAUUAUGCCUGUGUGUGUGGAGACCAGAAGACUUCUGCUGUCUUGACAGUCCAUGCCAUGCCUGCACUGUUCAAAAAAGAACUAAAAAAUGAAGAAGCCACAGAAAGUGGGGCAGCCACUCUCCACUGUGAGCUGACCAAAGCUGCCCCUGUGGAGUGGAUGAAGGCUGAAAAGGUGCUCAAAGCGAGUGUCAAAUACAAAAUGAGGCAGAAGGAUGCCAUUGCUGAGCUGACCAUCCAUGACCUAGGUGAACAGGACGCUGGAGAUUACACUUGUGUGUGUGGAGACCAGAAGACCACUGCCUCCUUGACAGUGCACGUCCUUCCUCCACGCUUUAAAGAAGACCUGAAGGAUUUGGAGGCCACCGAAGGCAAAGCAGCCAUUCUACACUGUGAGCUGACCAAAGUUGCUGCUCCUGUGCAGUGGAAGAAGGGGUCCAAAACACUCCAACCCAGCGACAAGUUUAGAAUGACUCAGGAAGGCACCAUUGCAGAGCUUGUGAUCCAUGAUUUAGAUCUGACAGAUGCUGGAGAUUAUACAUGCAUGUAUGGAGACCAAAAAACCACAGCUGCCUUAACAGUGAAUGCUCUGCCUGCACGUUUCAAGGAAGAAAUGAAAAACGAGGACGCCACAGAAGGGGAGAGAGCCGCUCUGUGCUGCCAGCUGACCAAGGCUGCUUCCGUGGAGUGGAAAAAGAAGCACAAGGUGCUCAAACCAAGCAACAAAUACACAAUGAGGCAGGAAGGUACCACGGCAGAACUAGUGAUCCAUGAUGUAGACGUCAAGGACGCUGGAGAUUAUACCUGUGUAUGUGGCGACCAGAAGACAACUGCAGCUUUGACAGUACAGGUCCUGCCGGCCCGUUUCAGAGAAGACGUAAGAGGCGGAGCAGCCACUCUGCGCUGUGAGCUGACCAAGGCUGCCCCGGUGGAGUGGAGGAAGGGGCACCAAGUGCUCAAAUCAAGUGACAAACACAAAAUGAGGCAGAAGGACACCACUGCUGAGCUGGAAAUCCGCAACCUAGAGGAGACGGAUGCGGGUGAUUAUACCUGUGUGUGUGGCGCUCAGCAGAGCACAGCUGCCCUGGCAGUACGUGCUCUGCCAGCACUCAUCAAAGAAGAACUGAAGAGCGAGACAGCUAGAGAGGGCGGAACAGCCACUCUGCGCUGUGCGUGGACCAAAGCCGCGCAAGUCGAGUGGAUGAAAGGGGACAGUUUGCUCAAGCCGAGUGACAAAUACAAAAUGAGACAGGAGGGCCUUGUGGUUAAACUGCUUAUCCAUGAUCUAGAACUGAAGGAUGCCGGAGAUUAUACCUGUGUGUGUGGAGACCAAAAGACAACGGCUGGCUUGACAGUGCACGCCCUGCCUGCACUUUUCAAAGAAGAACUGAAGAACUUGGAAGCCACAGAAGGCAAAACAGCCACUCUGCACUGUGAGCUGAGCAAGCCUGCUUCCGUGGAGUGGAAGAAAGGGCACAAGAUACUCCAGGCGAGUGACAAAUACAGCAUGAGACAGGAGGGUGUUGCCGCCGAACUGGGGAUCCAUGAUCUAGGUCUGCAGGAUGCCGGAGAUUACACGUGCAUGUGUGGCGACCGGCAGACCACAGCUACGUUGAUAGUAAAUGCCCUGCCUGUGCUUUUCAAGGAAGCGCUGAAGAGCGAGGAAGUUACGGAAGGUGGAGCUGUCACUCUGCGCUGCCAACUGACCAAAGCUGCUCCCGUGCUGUGGAAAACAGGGCACCGCGUGCUCCGAGCAAGUGACAAGUACAAAAUGAGCCAGCAGGGGGCCUUUGUGGAGUUGGUGAUUCAUGAUGUAGAAGUGGAGGAUGCUGGAGAUUAUACCUGUGUCUCCGGGGAGGAGAAGACAACGGCUGCUUUAAUAGUACAUGCUCUACCCGCACUUUUCAAAGAAGAACUGAGGAGCAAAGAAGCUGCAGAAGGUGAAGGGGCCACUCUGCGCUGUGAGCUGACUAAGGCCGCUCCGGUGGAAUGGAAGAAAGGGCACCAGGUGCUGAAAGCCAGCGAGAAAUAUCACAUGAGACUGGAAGGUGCCGUUGCAGAGCUGGUGAUCCGUGAGGUAGCUGAGAAGGAUGCAGGAGAUUAUACCUGUGUGUGUGGAGACCAGCAGACCACCGCUACCUUAACAGUACAUGCCUUGCCGGCACGUUUUAAAGAAGAACUAAAGAAGGAGGAAGCCACCGAAGGUGGGAAUGCCAUUCUGCACUGUGAGCUGACCAAGGCUGCUCCGGUGGAGUGGAAGAAGGGGCACCAGGUGCUAAAAGCCAGCGAGAAAUAUCACAUGAGACUGGAAGGGGCCGUUGCAGAGCUGGUGAUCCGUGAGGUGGCUGAGAAGGAUGCAGGAGAUUAUACCUGUGUGUGUGGAGAACAUCAGACCACGGCUGCUUUAACAGUACAUGCCCUGCCUCCGCAGUUUAAAGAGGAACUGAAAAACGUGGAGGCUACCGAAAGCGAAGCUGCCACUCUGUGCUGUGAGCUGACCAAGCCAUCGGCAGUGGAGUGGAGGAAAGGACACACCGUGCUCAGAGCCAGUGAGAAAUGCAAAAUGAGACAAGAAGGCUCCUUUGCAGAGCUGGUUCUCUGCGGUCUAGAGGUGAAGGAUGCUGGAGAGUAUACCUGUGUGUGUGGAGACCAGAAGACCACCGCUACCUUAACAGUACAUGCCCUGCCCACUGUCUUUAAGCAACCCCUUGAGAAUCAGGAGGCUGAAGAAGGAGGGACAGCCACAUUACAUUGUGAGCUCUCAAAGCCCGGUGCUCCGGUGCAGUGGCGCAGAGGAGGUCUGGGGCUGCAGCCUAGCGAUAAGUAUGAAAUGAGACAGAGAGAAUGCAUUGUCCAGCUCUUAGUGCAUAACCUCACAUUAGAAGACACAGGAGAAUACAGCUGUGAUAUUGGGGAACAGGAAACAAAGGCCUCUCUGUAUGUGAAAGCCCUCCCAGUUCUUUUCAAAAAGGAGCUCAAGGACACAGAAGUGGAAGAAGGUUCUACAGUAAAAUUCCAGUGUGAGCUGACAAAGGCCACGUCUUCCGUAGAGUGGAGGAAAGGCACCAUGGACCUCUUUCCAUGUGCUAAAUACGAAAUGAAACUAGAGGGUCUGAUAGCUGAACUUGUGAUCCAUAACGCAGAACCAGAAGACACAUCUGAUUAUACCUGUGAUACUGGUGACCAACGGAGCACAGCGAACCUCAGAGUGAAUGCCAUUAAGCCUCAGUUCAAGCAACAGCUAAGGAAUGAAGAGGUGGAAGAAGGAGGCGUGGUGAGGCUACGCUGUGAGGUCACAAUAAGUAAUGCGGUAGUCGAGUGGAAGAAAGACGGCAGAGUGCUGAAGUCCAGUUCCAAGUAUGGGAUCAGACAGGAGGGUGCAAUUCAUGAGUUAUGUAUCCAGCACCUGGAGCCUCAGGACACCGGGGAGUAUUCCUGCCUUGCUGGCGAUGAAAUGACCUCUGCAAUGCUGACUGUGAAAGAGCCCGAUGUGACCAUAGUCAGCGGCCUGAAGGACGUGGCGGUGUUUGAAGAGGAAGACGCCGUGUUUCAGUGCAAGGUGUCGCGUGACAACGCAAAGGAUGUGGAGUGGAAGCUUCAGGGAGUGGCUCUGCAGAGCAAUGAAAUGAACGAGAUCUCCGUUGAAAAGGGCCAGAUUCACACACUGAGACUGAGGACGGUCACUCAGCAGGAUAAUGGCACCAUCACGUUCAGAGUGGGACCCCAUGUGUCAACUGCGCAGCUCACGGUUAAAGUGCCACUUCCAGUCUUUAAAGAGACUCUGAAGAACACAGAAGUGGAGGAGGAUACUACAGCUGUCCUGGAGUGUGAGGUGUCUCAGCCCAACGUGUCAGUGGAGUGGAGGAAGGGCUCUCAGGAGAUUUCUCCAAGCUCCAAAUAUGAAAUCAGGCAAGAGGGAACAAUCCAUACGCUGAAGAUUUAUAAUUUAAAGCCAGAAGAUUCCGGCAAAUACACAUGUGAUAAUGGAAAUCAGCAAACUACAGCCACUUUAACGGUCAGAGCCCUUCCAGCGCUCUUCGAACAGAAACUCCAGCCCCAAGAAGCAGAGGAGGGCUCAUCUGUCACCUUCCACGCUGAGCUCUCCAAACCCAAGGCAGCAGUGCAAUGGCGAAAGGGAUCCACCCCGCUCCAAGCUAGUGCCAAGUAUGAGAUGAGUCAGAGAGGCACUGCUGUGGAGCUCCUCGUUCAUGACUUGCAGCUGACAGACGCUGGAGACUACACCUGCGAUUCCGGCGACGCACAGACGACAGCGUCCCUGUUGGUAAAAGCUUUGCCGGUGCUUUUCACACAACCGCUCCAGAGCCAGCAAGCAGAAGAGGGUGGCACCGUCACCCUGCGCUGUGAGCUCUCGAAAUCCAACGCCCCUGUGCAGUGGAGGAAAGCUGGGCACAUUUUGCAACCAAGUGACAAGUACAAGAUGCACCAAGCCGGCCCUGUGACCGAGUUAACAAUUCGUAACCUGAAUGAGGCAGACUCGGGGGAAUACUCCUGUGACACAGGAGACCAACAAACCAUCGCAGCUGUCUCUGUGAAAGAACCAGCCGCGAGCAUCGUGGAGGUGCUAAAGGACAUCACCUUAUAUGAAGGAGAAGACGCAGUGUUCAAGUGCAAGGUGUCUCGGGAGGCAGCUCGGGACGUGCACUGGUGCCUGGGCGGCGUACCGCUCCAGCCCAAUGAAAUGAAUGAGAUAACGGUUCAAGGGAAGCUUCACACUUUGACUCUGAGGAGGGUGACCCUAGAAGACUCGGGCUCUGUCAGUUUCAGAGUGGGGCAGCAUACCUCAGAGGCACAGCUGACGGUGCAAGUUGCUCCAGCCAUAUUUGUAAAGUUGCUUGAGAACAAAGACCUGCAAGAGGGCGACACGGCAACACUAUACUGUGCACUAUCCAAGCCGAACGUCCCCGUGGAAUGGAAGAAAGCUUCGUCUGUGAUCAAGUCCAGUACAAAGUUUGAAAUCAAGCAGGAAGGGAAUGUGCACACUUUGCUCAUUCAUGAUUUAAAGCCGGAGGACUCAGGGGAGUAUAGCUGUAAUACCGUUGACAAGAGGACCACUGCCAGACUAGAGGUCAAAGCGCUCCCUGUGCUCUUCAAACGUUGGCUCCAAAAUGAGGAAGUUGAGGAAGGGUGUACGGCCGCCUUGCGCUGUGAGCUGACAAAACCGACUGCCCCAGUGGAAUGGAGAAAAGGAGAUGUGGUGCUGCAGUCCAGUGACAAGUAUGAACUCAGGCAGGAGGGAACUUUUGUUGAGCUGUUUAUUUAUGACGUGGAACUUCAGGAUGCUGGGGAGUAUACCUGUGAUUCAGGAGACCAGCAAACCACCGCUGCGCUGCUAGUCAAAGUGCUCCCUGUGGUUUUCAAAGAAGAACUGCACAAUGUGGAGGCAGACGAACGAGGAUCCGCUGUUCUGGAGUGCGAGAUCUCCAAACCUGAUGUGCCGGUGGAGUGGAGGAAAGGAGGUCUGGUCCUCCAGCCCAGUGAUAAGUAUGAGAUGCGGCAGAAGGGCACCAAGGUGGAGUUAAUUAUCCAUGACUUGGAAGUGGAGGACUGCGGGCCAUAUACCUGUAGCACCGGGUCUGAGCUCACCACAGGCUCUGUGUAUGUACAAGAAGAGGAAGCAGAAAUAGUUUGUGGUUUAAGGAACACGGACGUCUUUGCGGGGGAGUCGGCCACGUUCACCUGCGAGCUCUCGCGCCCGGGGGUACAGAACGUACAGUGGUGGCUCGAUGGAUCUCCCCUGCAGAACAGCUCUGUGAAUGAAAUCGCGGUGCGAGAUGGGACAAUCCACACUCUGACCCUAAAGAACCUAGGGCCCGAUGAUUCGGGGACUGUGACUUUCAGAGCUGGGCCCCUCAUAUCGUCAGCUAAAUUAUUAAUCAAAGAUCCAACUAUUGAGGUGGUCAGCCCCAUGCGGGACAUUACCGUUGAUGAAGAUGGCACGGCAGAGUUCAUAUGCCAGUACUCUAGGCCAGUGCAAGCCACAUGGAAGAAAAAUGAUCAGGAAGUUUCUGCAGAUGGGCAACGAGUCAUGAUCGAGCAGGACUGGAAUGUAGCCAAGCUAAAAUUUACACCUGCCCUUCCCGAAGACAGUGGCAUCUAUUCUUGUGAAGCUGGGAGCACUAAAGUGGUGGCUAUGCUUGAUGUUCAAGCCAAGAACAGUAUUGUCAAGGGUCUGGAGAAUGUGGAAGUCAUCGAGGGCGGGGAAGCCCUGUUUGAGUGCUACCUUUCCAAACCCGAGUGCUACAAUUACAACUGGCUGAUUGAUGACGAACCUGCCAAAACCACCGAAAAAAUUGAGAUGGUUUACUUUGAAAACGGACGCCGGCAUCUUCUCCUCUUGAAGAACCUCACCCCCCAGGACAACUGCAGGGUGACUUUCCUGACUAGCGAUGCAGUGACGUCUGCAUUCCUGACGGUGAAAGGAUGGCGCCUGGAAAUUUUGCAGCCCCUGGUUGACACGGAAGUCACUGCGGGGGAGCAAGCAACCCUGAGCUGUGUUUUAAGUGAAGCCGUGCCAGUCAGCGAAGUCGCCUGGUAUAUUAACGACGUGGAUAUCCAACCCGAUGAGCACUGGGAGAUACAGGCAGAUGGAGACUGCUAUACACUGAUCCUGAAGAAAGCCCGACCACAACAUUCUGGGGAGGUGACGUUUGCUGCAAGAGAUGCAAUUGCAUCGGCCACGUUGUCUGUCAUAGCCCUUCCCGAUCCCCCGGAAGAUCCAGAGAUUUUAAGUAGGAGCCAUCACGCUGUCACUCUGUCCUGGUUCACACCGCUGAGCGACGGUGGCUCUGGCAUCCUAGGCUACACGGUUGAGAGGAAAACACCCGGUAGUGGCUGGCAGCAUUGCAACGAGGAACUUAUUCAAAACACGGAGUUUGUGGUGGACAAUCUCACACCAGGCGAGCCCUACAGAUUCCGCGUGUCAGCUGUAAACAAAGUGGGUGCUGGCGAGCCAGUGCAGUUACCUCAAACGGUGCAGCUAGAACCGCCGUUUACAGUCACUCGUCCCUUGGUAGCCAAGUCGGUCUUGGAAGGGGAUGUGGCUCUCCUGGAAUGCGAAUUCUCAAGGGAGACCCAAGAGGUAAUCUGGAUCAAAGGAAAAGAACAAAUCCAGCCAGGAGGGAGAUAUGAAAUCAAGUCCGAUGGCAAGAAGCAGAUACUCAUUAUUCGUGCUUUUCAACCCGAGGAUCAAGGCGUGUACACCUGCAUGAUCUCGCCCGAUAUCCGCUCCUCUGCCCUUCUGUCGCUUGAAGGUACAAGAAGUGUGUGUCUAGGCAAUGUGAUUAGAUAUAAGAAGGAGAUCAAACAGCACGAAUGUCCCCUCUUUAGCGACACCUUCAAAGAUUUUUGUGGUGAGCCCGGAGGCACGCUCCACCUUGAGUGCAUGGCUCUCAGCAAAACCGAUAUGAAGGUCCGUUGGCUGAAGGAUGAGGAGGAACUUUCGGAUGGGCGCCACUACCACAUAGACAACUACAGUGAUGGCACUUGCUCUUUGAUUAUCACCGGCCUGGACACGAAAGACACCGGAAACUACACCUGUGAGGCAUCUAAUAAGUUUGGCAAGGUUUCCCACACUGCUAAGGUGGUGGUUGGUCCCCAGGUGCCAGAUGCGCUGCAUGAGCAUAAACCAACAAAACCCCUCACGGACAGCGAAACAGAGAGCUCUUCAGGCAGCGACCUGGACGAGGCAUUCCGCAAGGCCGGGAGGAGGCUUCACAAGCUCUUCAAGGCCAAGAUCUCCACGGAGAUGUCGGAUGUGGAGGAGGAGCUCUUUGUCAGCGCGGACGAAGGGGACGUGGAGGUGGUUGAUCACCAGACGUAUCGCGAAGAUGAGCAGUACAUCUACAUCAAGUUUGAAAUCUUGGCUGAAGCUAAAACAGCUGCCGGACGGUUCAGGGAUAUGUUUGCUGCGCUGGGUAUCCCCGUCGAGAUUGACAUCCUGGAGCAAGGCCUUAAAAAGAUCGAGCUGCGCAUCGGGAAAGCAACUCCACCCGCUCUGGGGCAGUUUCAGCCCCUGGUGAAAAGAUCCCCACCACCUUUAUUGACGUCCGAUACAGCUCCCGUAUUCAUAACCGAGCUUCAAAACCAAGAGGUGCAGGAUGGCUACCCGGUCAGCUUUGACUGUGUUGUUAUUGGCAAACCCUUGCCCACGGUGCGCUGGUUCAAGGAUGGGAAAGUCAUCGAAGAAGACGACCAUUAUAUGAUCAACGAGGACCAGGAAGGGUGCCACCAAAUGAUCAUCACUGCCGUGGUCCCUACGGACAUGGGGGUCUACCGCUGCCUAGCUGAAAACAACAUGGGAGUUUCUUCCAGCAAGGCUGAGCUACGAGUGGACCUGACCAGCACUGAUUACGAUACAGCAGCAGAUGCAACAGAGACGUCUUCUUAUUACAGUGCCAAAGGAUAUCUCUCAAGCCGAGAGCAAGAGGGAAUAGAAUCCACCACGGAAGAGGAGCAGCUACCUCAGAUCCUAGAUGAGCUUCAUGAUAUUGAUGUGGCGCCUGGAGCACCAUUAGCUAAAUUUCACCUGAAGGUCAAAGGAUACCCAGAGCCUCGUCUUUACUGGUUCAAAGACGGGCAGCCACUACAGGCCUCAGACCGCAUCCUGAAGAUUGAGAAGAAGCAAUUUCAUGCACUUGAAAUCCUCAAUGUCUGUAAGGAGGAUGCUGGACAAUACUCAGUAUUUAUUAGCAACUCUGCUGGUUCUGCAUAUUCAUCUGCCACUUUGGUUGUCAAAGAUCCUGGCGAAAAGGAAGAACUGCCUGAAACAGGUGCUCAAGAACAGCUGGUGCCACCCAGGUUCCUGGAAAGGUUUACCAAUAAAAGAGUGCGGAAAGGUGCAAGCAUCACGUUCUCUGUGAAGGUCGAAGGGCAGCCAAUGCCCACAGUUACCUGGUUGAAGGAAGAAUCUCAAGGCGAUGUUCUGUGGAUCAAACCAGAAACUCCUGGCUACAAAGUCGCCAGUUCCAACAUGCAUCACAGUCUCAUCCUGCUGGAUGUGGGGAAGGAACAUAAAGGGUCCUACACAUGCAUUGCUACUAACAAAGCCGGCCAAUCCAUCUGCACUGCCUCCCUAGAAGUUCUGGAUGUGAAAGAGGCGGAAGUUCUGACACGCGAGCGCAUGAUGGUGACAGACGCGCUAAUGGCCACUCUCGGGUAUGAAGACAAGGACAGAAAAGGACAUGGUUCUAACGUUCAUACCUGGGUGCUAAUCCCAAAGACCAUGCCCUACGACCAUUAUUGCCCUUGUCCUUUCUUACUCCCCCCCCUUGGCAUCUCUAUCCACCCUCCUGAGCCGAGGAAAGGAGAGCACGUGGAAGGUGAAGCAGAUAAAGAAGGUGUGUCUAGAAGUGCCAUUUCAUUAUCUGAGGUUGGAACAGAAGAAUUCCUCCAGAAACUUACUUCCCACAUCACAGAAAUGGUGUCUGCAAAAAUAAGUCAGGCCACACUUCGAGUGCCAGGAGCAGACAGCGAUGACGAAUCUAAGACGCCCUCGCCGUCUCCACGCCAUGGCAGAUCUAGGCCUUCAUCAAUUGCUCAGGAGUCUUCCUCUGAAUCGGAGGAUGGAGAUUCACGAGGAGAGAUUUUUGACAUCUACAUGGUCACGGCUGACUAUAUGCCCAUUGGAGCUGACAGGGAAAUCAUCACUCUGAAAGCAGGGCAGUAUGUGGAAGUCCUUGACUCAGCUCAUCCUCUAAAGUGGCUAGUCAGGACCAAGCCCACUAAAUCCAGCCCAUCCCGGCAGGGGUGGGUGUCUCCUGCAUAUUUGGACAAGAAGUUAAAGUUGUCGCCGGAGUGGGGUGCAUCUGAAGCUCCCGAGUUCCCCGGAGAAUCUGUUUCGGAAGAUGAGUAUAAAAAGAAGCUGAGCCUCUUUAUUCAGGAUCUGCUGAACCACUUCCUCCAGACCCAUCACCUCCAGUACACAGAAAGCUGCCCCGAUGUCCCAGACACUGUUGCCAGCCAGAAAUCAACUAUCUUCCGAAACGUCAGUGCCAUUGCAACCUUUCAUUCCAACAACUUCUUCCCAGAGCUGCAGAAAUGCGACACUGACGACGACGUGGCCAUGUGCUUCCUUAAGAACGAGGAGGCCUUUGAUAAGUACAUCCAGUACCUGGUGGGACGGGUACAGGCCGAGUCUGUCGUUCUCAGCAAAGCCAUUCAGGAGUUCUACAAGAGAUAUACAGAGGAAACAUUGGCCAGUGGAGAUCCUUCUCAGCCACCCAUACCUCCUCUGCAGCACUAUUUAGAGAGACCAAUAAACAGGAUCCAACAGUAUCAAAUCAUAAUCAAGGAAUUAAUCCGAAACAAAGCAAGAAACAGCCAAAACUGUGCGCUGCUGGAGCAGGCCUAUGCCGUUGUGUCAGCCCUCACCCAGCGUGCAGAAAACAACCUCCAUAUCUCCCUCAUUGAGAACUAUCCAGGGACCCUGGAAAUUCUAGGAGAACCCAUCCGACAGGGUCACUUCAUAGUGUGGGAAGGCGCUCCGGGAGCCAGAAUGGCCUGGAAAGGUCACAACCGGCACGUUUUCCUCUUCAAGAACUACAUUCUGAUCUGCAAACCCAAGCGAGACACCAAGACAGACACCUACAGCUACAUCUUCAAGAACAUGAUGAAGCUGACCCACAUAGAUGUGAAUGACAUGGUGGAAGGAGAUGAGCGGGCAUUUGAGAUCUGGCAUGAGCGAGAAGACUCCGUCCGCAAGUACCUACUUCAAGCUCGUACGGUCAUCAUCAAGAACUCCUGGGUGAAGGAAAUCUGUGGUAUCCAGCAACGUAUCAGCCUCCCCGUGUGGAUUCCUCCAGAUUUUCAGGAAGAACUGGCUGACUGUACAGUGGAGCUCGGUGAAACUGUCAAAUUGGCUUGUAAAGUAACAGGCACUCCUAAGCCAGUCGUCUCUUGGUUUAAAGAUGGCAAGCCAGUGGAGAUGGAUCCCCACCACAUUGUAAUAGAAGAUCCUGAUGGUUCCUGCACGUUGAUCCUGGACAAUAUGACGAAUGUUGACUCAGGACAAUACAUGUGCUUUGCCACCAGUCCGGCUGGUAAUGCCAGUACACUAGGAAAGAUCCUUGUUCAAGUGCCGCCGAGGUUUGUGAACAAGGUUAGAAAUGCUUAUUAUGUUGAGAACGAAGAUGCUCAGUUUACCUGCACCAUCGAAGGAGCACCUUACCCUCAGAUCAGGUGGUAUAAAGAUGGUGCCUUGCUGACAGACAGUAAUAAAUACCAGACUUUCAGUGAGCCACGGAGUGGCGUGUUAGUCCUGGUGAUCAAAAAUGCUUCCCGGGAGGACUUGGGACACUACGAGUGUGAACUGGUGAACAGAUUAGGCUCAGCACGGAGUGGAGGAGACCUUUGCCAGCAGAGUGCCGUAUUACUGGCCCAGGAGAAGAGAGGAGACCAAGCCAUCACCAUCGAAGUCACUGAACAAGAGACUAAAGUGCCCAAGAAAACCAUCAUCAUAGAGGAAACAAUCACUACUGUGGUGAAGACCCCAAGGCAAAAGCGAAAGGUGUCCCCUGCCCGGCCUCCUUCGGGUUACUCCCUCCCCCGCUCUGCAAGAUCAGAGCUGCUGAUGCCAGAGCCGGCGUAUGUGACAACGGUCAGGCAGCCUGUACACAGGCACGAAGCCAUUGUGGUAGAAACCAAGGUGGAAGAACAAAAACCCAAAUGGGUCGAAGUGGAGGAAAUCAUUGAAUUCAAGGUGAAAAGGUCACCCAAGCCCACCAAAAAAAGAGGAGCUUCCCCUGCAAAGCCAGAAAAAGAUGACUCAGGAGGACUAAUAUUCACUAUGCCUGGCCCAAGGCCAAGGCGUUCCUCUGAAGAGGACCCAAACACAAACAACUCCAACAAUAAAUUAGUGGAGCAGGCUGAAUCCUCCCUGCCUAGAGACAAUCUUUCAGACGUUGACACUCCAACCCUUGCAUAUGAAGCUGACCAAGAAGGAGCUCCAGUGAACAGUGAAGACAUAAGCUCUUCGUGUGGGUCGGAACACUUAGGAAGUAGUGCGUUCGUUGGUUAUGGGAUUGAUGGAAAAUGCUGCACACAGGAUGCGAGCAAUGAUGAUGUUUCGGAAGCUACUUCCCCACUGCUGGCAUGUGUGGGUGAACCGUUUGUCUUUAGUUUGGAGGCCGCUGAGGUAGACAAGCAUGACUGUCAUCCAUCGCAAAGGAGCCAAGAGGUUGAGGAAGAAGCUGGCGAGUUAGAUACAUCUUGGACUGUUGAAGAAGGCAUGCCUGAUAUAGUACAAGAUGAGGAUCUUCCAGAGGAAGAUGAUGUUGUUAUAACUGAUGAGGCAGGGCAACCAGAGUCGGAUGACACUGGGCGCCGUGACCCCAAAAUCCUAACCCGCAAUGGAAAAGUGCUAACCCUGGAAGACCUGGAAGAUUACAUUCCUGAAGAAGGGGAGACCUAUGGAUGUGAAGAUCAGAACUACACAGGUGAUAAACCUUGUGAGAUCUCUGUGCUCCAGACAGAAAUUAAUGAACCCACGGUGGGGAAGCCGGUGUUGCUAAAUCUCGGAAGGCCUGUUGUUCCUGAUCCAAGGCCAAGCUUUUUCAGCAAGUUCCAGGAAUUUCUUCCUGAAGGAAUGUUUGUGUCAGCCUCUAGAGUAACAGGGGUGCAGUCCGUGGGGCCAUCAAACAUUUCGUUCCACAGAGAAAAGCUAUUCUUCUUGUCUGUAGGAGAGGUUGCGUCGCCGUCCGAGCUGGAGAAUUCUGUCCGGGCCUCACUUGAACGUGCAGAUAAGGAGAUAAAGAUGGUCCUGAAGAAACUUGUGGAUUCCACAUCACUCCAUGUAACUCUUCCUCCAGGCAUGAGGGCAAAGGAGGGUGGAGUUGGCAUUCUCGAGUCCAUACCUGCAGACUUCUCCGAUACAGAAAAUAAGCAUCUGCUGCUCGUUCAUGAAGCCAGCACGCAAACCCAAAGUGCUGGAAGUCAUGAUGAAGAGCGAGGCAGCACUGGGAAAACUCUGGAGGAGAAACUGAGUGACACACAGUCAAGCCCAACCGCUUCCCAAAAAGAAACAACCACAGGAGCUGCAGGAAUUCAGGAGCGCUCUGUUCCCAUUACAAGAACCUCAGCGGUCCGGGACGGAGCAGACUGGCGUAGAAGAGAAGGGGCGGACGUGGUCUGGGAUGUCCAGAGUCAAAUUUACAUUGAGACCACAGAAAGAACCUGUGUUUAUAAAACAGAGGAGAAGAGUGCACCACGCCCUCCGUAUAUGCACGUGACCAUUGAGGAUGUGCAAGUCCAGGCUGGGGAGCGUGCCAAAUUCCAUGCUAUAAUCGAAGGGAAUCCCGAGCCGUCAGUCACAUGGUAUAAGGAUAAUUCCUUGUUGACCAACAGUGACAGGCUCCAUCAAGAGAAAGAAGGCAUGACGUACUCUUUGAUCCUGGACAACGCUGCCCCAGAAGAUGGUGGCGUCUACACUUGCAUUGCCAAAAACACAGGAGGGGAGGUCUUGUGCAAAGCAGAGCUUGUUGUGCAUGAGGCUAAGAAAGACUCCGUGACAAAGAAACAGAGCACCCGACGAAAACUCCAUUCCUUCUACGAGGUGAAGCAGGAAAUAGGAAGGGGCUCUUUCAGCUUUGUAAAACGGGUUGUGCACAAAGGGAACAGAGUCUCGUGUGCUGCUAAGUUCAUACCUCUGCGAAGCAAAACGAGAGCCCAGUCCUACCAGGAGAGGGACAUCCUCGCCACGCUUUCCCACGACAGAAUCACCCGCCUGCUGGAUGCGUUUGAAACAAGGAAAACCUUGGUUCUGAUUCUGGAACUGUGCUCCACCGAGGAGCUCUUGGACCGUUUAUUCAGGAAGAAUGUUGUUACUGAAGAUGAGGUCAAAUUAUACAUCAAGCAGCUUUUGGAAGGACUCAGUUAUCUCCACGACAAUAAUGUACUUCACUUGGACAUUAAGCCUCCAAAUAUCCUGAUGGCCUACCCUGAGAGAGAAGAUAUUAAGAUCUGUGACUUUGGGUUCGCUCAAAAGAUAAAUCUAUCUGAGCCUCAGUACAGCAAAUUUGGAUCUCCUGAGUUUGUCUCCCCGGAAAUUAUCUCUCAACUCCCAGUGUCAAAGGCGUCCGAUAUUUGGGCUGUUGGAGUCAUCAGCUAUUUAAGCUUAACCUGCAAGUCUCCAUUUGCUGGGGAAAAUGACAGAGCAACCCUUCUCAAUAUCCAGAACGGGACAAUCGCUUGGAAUGUCCCUAACUUUGUUCACCUAAGUGAAGAAGCAAAGGAUUUUAUCAAACAGAUCCUGCAGAUGUCUCCCGAAGCCAGACCUACUGCUCUGGAAUGUCUCUCACACAACUGGUUCUCGCGCCACGUCCCGCUGGAAGAAGCCCAUUUUAUUAACACAAAACAGCUGAAGUUCAUUGUGGCUCGAAGCAAGUGGCAGCGUUCCCUCAUGUGCUAUAAAUCUAUCUUGGUAAUGAGAUCCAUUCCGGAGAUCCUCCAGAGAACACACAAAAACACAUCGCUCGGCAUCUCCCGACACCUGGUGGAAGAAAGCAGCUCCUCCACUACCACCGGCUCCUCUUCGGACAAUGAGAAUUCCUCCUUCCCCAAAAAAAAGCACUUUGGCUCCGCACCAGAACUGCACUUGUCUGUGUUUGAUGCGCCUAGUUCUCAAGACCCUCCGACUUCGGCGGCGGGAGAGAAACAUCCAAAGGUCUUGGUGCCCCCAGUAAAACCCAUGAGACGGAAAUAUGCUUUAGUGAAAAGGGAGCCGGGUGAGACAUCACCGACAGAAGGCGACGUACAAAUGGCAGAUGCCUUUGCUCGGAAAGCCGAGAUCAGCUCAGCACUCAAAGAUUUAAGAACAGACCAGUCCCAAGAGAAAGCUGCCGAGCAGCCCUCCUUGGCAAAGGCAGUCUCCUUAGACACAUCAGACUUGGCAGCGCAGCAAGAAAAAACAGGCACAUUAUUCCCUGACAAAGACAAAGUCAUAAAGGCUGGAGAUGGAACAGAGAAAUCUCCUGUGUGUGUCCCCAGGCAGAGUGUCAUUAAAAGCACGUUCUACAGCCAAGCAUCUGAGGCUCCUCCCCGCGUCCCUGUCUCGCCGGGCAGAGACUACAGAAGGCACCUUGACAGAAAAAGGAGGGCUUUCCGGAAAGCUGGGUAUUUAAAGGUACCCCUGAGUGGCCUCCGGGAACCCCUGCUGGAACAGUUUGAAUUGAAAGAGGAGGAAGAAGAAGGACUGUCUGGUGAUGAAGACUAUGGAAAACUCAGAGAAAGCGCGACAGGCCCUCUGACCAAAUCAGCUUCCUUUGAUACCGCUAGGAAACCGCCACGCCCCACCUUCCAGGUGUCCAACAGAAGCCGUUCCCUGGAUGACUACAGACCAAGAGCCACACGUUUAGUGGAAGAAGAUGACAUUCUGGAAGAAGACUUUGAUCUAACUUCACAGGGGAGUUAUUCGGGAGUAGUUCCCCAGCACAGCACAUCUGUUGACUCUGGCGAGGUUCAUCCUGAGGAGCAGUCGAUGGAGGAGGACUCGAAGACAGACAGGCAGGAUUGUACGGUACCACAGCAAGCCCCUUCUGCACAGUGUGGUGACAAAGGAUGCCCAGGCCUAGCUGCCCAACAACCACAGGAAGCCCCAGAGCCAUCCUGCUGGGGUGAAAGUGAGGGGCAUUUACAUCAAAAGAUAAAGCCUUCCAUUGACAUGGACGUUGAGCCAGCUGCUCUGGAAGGCGAAAGCCUGAUUCUAAUUGCACAGCAAUCGGACACAGCCCCACUGUCAGCGCACACGUGGGAACGUGAGGCACAGCUAAGUGUGAAACCAAAGCCAGAGUUUACACUUCUGCCAAGCGAAAGCUCUGGUUUGACUAUUUUCGAAUUGGAAGGAGCCCCGAUAUCAGCCCCGCAGAGUGAGAGAGGAGAAUGCGUAUGUCCACCGCCCAAGCCUUCCAUUCACAGUGCUGCAGAGGAUGGAAGCCCAGUUAUCCUAGACACUCCCCACAUUCCCGCCAGCCUGGGUGAACGCCCAGUUAUUUUAACAGCUCCACAACCAGAAACAGCUCCACUUACAGUCUGCCCAGGUGAAAACCAGGAACGUUUACAUCAGAAGCCUUCUGAGGACUUGGGCACAGACGCCUCUGCUCCGGAUCACAAACGUGCAAGGAUUCUAACACCACCACCAGAACAUGCCGCAGCGUCAGACGGUGAGGGUGAAAGGCGGGUUUACAUUAAGGUGGAGUCGGCUGUUCUUCAAGGUGAAAGCUUAUUUAUUCUCACAAUCCCACAACGAAAAACUGCCCCCUUUCCGGUCUGUGAGAGCGGCAGCCCGGAACAGCCACCUCGAGAACAUUUGGUGUGUGGCGAAGAGAAGUCUGAGGACUUAGAGAGCGAAAGCCUAACUAUUCUAGAGACACCGCUGGCUUCACUCAGUGAGGAUGAAAACCAGCUGGAGUCUUCUGUGUACAACAAAGCACAGUCUGCUGUUCUGGAGGACUUGGUUGAAGAGAUGGUUGGUCUGUCUGAGGAUCUGAAUGUUUUGGCAGAGUCUGCUUCUACUCCAGUGGGAUGUGAAAAGCUCUUCUCCCUUCCACAAGAGAUGUUCCACACAGCAGCUGGAAAGUCCACUCAUUUUGCACCACAGAAUAAAAGAGAAGAGGGCAUUUACCCAGCUGAUGUCACGGAAUCAGCAGCACCAUUUCCUGCAGUGGAAGGUGAGUCAAGUACGCUGGCCCUGUCGAGUCUAAUCACCAAAGAGGAAAAGGCGGCUUCUCAUGCCUGUGAACAUCUGGGAGAUUUAGUGAUCAGAAGCACUAGUUCCAGCACAGCAAGCAUUUCCCAGCCUGAUCAUUCAGGUUUCGGGAAAAGAUCUAGUCAUGUGUCUGAUCACAAAGAACCGGACAAAUGCUCUGAAGUUUCCUUAGUGAAAAUUAAAGACCUCUCGGAAGAGAUGCCCCAUGUUGAAAGUCGGACUUCGAAAUUUGAUAUAUCCGAGGUAGAGCCUGCGUAUUUGAACCUAUCAGAUCUCUACGAUAUUGUCUAUUUUCCAUUUGAAUUUAUGAACGUCAAGAAGCCCUCACCCAAACCAACCGGUAAAAGAUUUAUGCCCUUCACUGAAAAGAUAAAAUUACCUUCUGUGACCAAAGGACAUUUGCAUCCAUAUAAAAGACUGUACACUACGGAGGACAUUGAAUCUCCUUCAGAUUAUGCACCUGAUGCCACGACAGGGGAAACCAGAGAAAACCUUUUGGACAUGUCUGAAGAUGCAGAGCAGCCCCUUCUGAGGUUGGAAAACAGUUCUGAGCCACGAAUGCGGAAAGGUGCUAAGGGCCAUGUGACAGCCGAAUCCCAGCCAACGUAUGGCUUCCGAAAGCACUCAGGUGGUAAGCAGAAAAGCUCUACACAUAGCAAAGCAAAACCCUAUGGCAGAUCACACUCAAUGGAGCAGUCAGUAGAGCAGACCCUGAAGAAGAAAGUAAAAGCAUCCGUUGCCCAUAUUUCAAGAAUCCUAAAAGGAAAGCCAGCCCCCGAGCCAGAGCAAAAAGAAGCACCUGUUUUUGUAGAAGAACUCGUGGAUCAGGAUGUUGCCCUAGGGCAGUCUGUGUCUCUGUCCUGCCAAACCUCUGCCCAUUUCCCGCUGCACGUUGACUGGUUCCGAGAUGGCGUGCUCAUUCGCAGCAGCAGUAGGAUACUGAUCUCAGCCACACUCAAAAACUUUCAGCUUUUAACCAUAUUGGUGGUUACAGAGGAGGAUUUUGGUAUUUACACAUGUGCAGCCAGCAACGCCCUGGGUACAGCGUCCACCUCAUGUGUAAUAAGAAAGGCAGACAUUCUUGCUAGCCCUCCAGUCCCUGAUAUUGUGGAGGUGUAUGAGGAUGGCGCGCAAGUGGUCUGGAAACCCAUGGAAUCUAACACCGCAGUUACUUAUGCUGUACAGUGCAAGUGUGAAGGUGGUGAGUGGACGACUCUUGUUACUGACAUAGCUGACUGCUGCUACUAUGCCAACAAUCUCUCCAGGGGUUUGGUGUACUCCUUCCGAACGGCCUGCAUCAGUAAAGCUGGAAUGGGACCUUACAGCAGCGCAUCUGCCAGAGUAAAGAUUGGUGAAAAAGACCCAUCAGUGUCUCAAUCUGCAGUGCAGACGUUCCCAGCUGCUGCAGAAGAGGAGAGUGAACUAAUGGCACCAGCCGAGCCAUUUCCGACCCAGCAAACCUACGCUUUCCAGACCGAGAUUAAAAGAGGGCGUUUCAGCAUCAUGAGACAGUGCAGGGAAAAACUAAGUGGAAAAGCGCAGGCUGCCAAAAUCAUCCCCUACCGGCCAGAAGACAAGCAGGCGGUGCUCCAGGAAUACCAGGUCCUGAGAAAGCUUCAUCACACGAACAUAGUUCAGCUGCAAGGAGCCUACGUGAGCCCCCGGCACCUCGUGCUGAUCCUGGAAUUGUGCGCUGGGCCAGAGCUACUGCACUCUUUGGCCGCAAGGACGUCCUAUUCGGAGGUGGAAGUCAGGGACUAUCUGUGGCAAAUUCUCAGUGCGGUUGAGUACCUCCAUGCACACCGCAUCCUGCACUUGGACCUGAGGUCUGAGAACAUGAUCAUUACCGAACCCAACCUGCUGAAGCUCCUGGACUUUGGCCAUGCACAGUUCUACACGCCGGGCAGAGUCAUUACCCUGGAGCACUGCACAGAUUACGUGGAAACCACAGCUCCAGAACUGCUGUCGGAGCAAGGAGCCCUCCCGCAGACUGACAUCUGGGCUGUGGGCAUCACCGCGUUCAUCAUGCUGAGCGCCGACUCCGCCCUCAGCUUUGACGUGGCCUGCGACUUCCCGAGAAUCGCCAGGAAAGGGAAGGUGAAACUGACCCGAUGCUACGCGGGCCUGUCUGGAGGGGCCGUGACUUUUCUCCAAAGCACACUGUGCGCAAAUCCCUGGGGGCGGCCGUCGGCGUCGGAAUGCCUCCAGUUGCCGUGGCUCCAGGAGACAGGCUUGGAUGACCGACAGCAAGCGGUGGUCACUUUCUCCACCGGCAAGCUGAGGCGGUUCCUGGCCGAACGGGAGAAGAAAAGAAACCUGUUGUGUUCGAAGUAUGGGGUGAUGGUUGCCCAGUGAACUGGGUGGGGCCACACUGCAGACUCGAUUCCCCCACCCCACCCCGCAGGCCCUGACUGAUGUUUGCACUGGGGGUUUGGUACCUAGGUGUCAUUUCUGGUGACAGAUCUGCUGCAGUAAACCAAUGACCCUGUUGCCUUAGAGAGAGAUUAGGGAAGCGGGUCCUGUUAGAAAGGGGUGACUAGGAACUGGGUCUCCAUCUGGCUUGGAAAAUCCUUCCCUUGGUUGUAAGGCUGCACGUGACACUGCUCAUUGAGCUCCCCACAAGCGCCACAGCCGCACAGAGAUACCAGACCCCCCCCGCAGCCACCUCCAGAGUCCUCCCCUGCAACUGUGCUCAUGGGAUACCCUGGUCUUCUCGCCUGUCUCUCAAACCCGACUGGAGUCAGUCAACGAUUUCCCUUGGGACGCAGCCCUGAGCUGGGGCUGGGGGAGAGGAGGCGAUUGAUCGACCGUGCCCCAGGUUGGAAUCAGUGGGCACGUCUUCACUCUUGAAAAAAAAUCCAUUGUGCGGCCAUCAGAUGAAAUAGGGGGUGUGUGUGUCUGUCGGCGAGGCAGAGUUGUCGGUAACUGCGGCUAUCAGUAACAGGUGUCCCACAGGGCAUCUGGUGUGUCUGUCACAGAAUAGCUGGGACGAGAGUCGACAUACACAAUGAGCACGCACCAGGGACUGAACCCCGUGGGUAGUGCGCCAUGUCUGAGUUCAGAUAGGACCCCACGGUUGUCUGUGGGGAUUGAACCCGAGAGAAAACAGGCCUCAGCCGCUCGCCCACAGAGAGAAUUCUUUCAUCCCAGAGCCCACAGCAGGCGGCAAAGCCAGCCACUAGAGGGAGCCAUGAUCACAUGGCGUUACAUGCACAAUCUGCACAUUACGGCAGACGAGACAGUAACUGGCCCAGGGAAGCCUCCCUCAGACCGGUCAGAGCACGACAGGCUGCGUCCGCUUCCAGUGGAAGUCAGUCUGGCACAUACCUUGUACGGCAGGAGACACAUGGGUCUGCCUGUUCCAAACCAGCCAUUUGUGGCCAUCUCCCUGCUCAUGCAAGAGAAAAGGCCCUGAGAUGGCCUGGAUUUUUCAGUGGAAGACCAAAUUAACCCUUUGUAUGAUGCUCCCGUGGAGACCCCAGAUCUUGGCAUCUCAGUCACAAGCCCAUUUUUUUCUGCUAUGUACUAGCAGAGGGGCAGAGUGUGCAGCAUAUAUCACUGAUGGGAAGGGGGUCCACAC